AACCACAAUAUCACGUGGCUCCCUGUGACUGUCGAUAGGAAUGGUAUAAAACGCUUGAGCUGACCUGCAACUCCUCAACAAUCACAGAACCGCCUGGCUUUGGGAUUCUCUGCAUUCAAAGCAAGGUCAAGUGAAGAUGAAGAGUCUGUUUCUGCUCGCUAUCCUCGGGCUCUUAGGCCAGUCCUGUUGCAGAGUUAUUUUAAGCCGUUCUGAUGAGAGUUUGGCUGAUGAUAGACAAGAAGCUGCUGAUAUUGAAGUGAUUUCAAGCCGUUCUGAUGAGAGUCUGGGUGAUGAUCUGAUACAGAAUCCGACGCACUCUGAGGCUCGAGAUUCCAAAGAAAGCAGUGAAAUGAAAAUCAAAGUAAUUGGCUCAAGACGAGAUGAUGACUCAGCAGAGAAUGAGAGUGCACCUGAUGUGAAAGAUUCUGCACAAAGAGCAAGUCAUCCAGAGGCUCAAGAUUCCAAAGAAAGCAAAGAAAGGAAAAUCAAAGUGGUUGCUUCAGGACUAGAUGAUGACUCAGUGGAGAAUGAGAGUGAGCCGGAUGUUAAAGACUCAGCAGAGAAUGAGAGUGCACCUGAUACUAAAGAUUCCAAAGAAAGCGGCGAAAGGAAAAUCAAAAUGAUCGCUUCAGGGCAAGAUGAUGAUUCAGCGCAGAAUGAGAGUGCACCUGAUACUAAAGAUUCCAAAGAAAGCAAAGAAAGGAAAAUCCAAGUGAUCACGUCAGGACGAGAUGACGGAUCUGAUGAGAUUAGAAAGUGGAACAGAAACAACCACAACUCCAAUUCCAAAGAAAGCAGUGAAAGGAAAAUCAAAGUGAUCGCUUCAGGACAGGAUGAUGACUCAGCGGAGAAUGAGACUGUCCCUGAUACUGAAGAUUCUGCACAAAGAACAAGUCACUCAGAGGCUCAAGACUCAGUGGAGAAUGAGAGUGCACCUGAUACUGAAGAUUCAGCACAAAGAACAAGUCAGUCAGAGGCUCGAGAUUCCAAGGAAAGCAGUGAAAGGAAAAUCAAAGUGAUCGCUUCAGGACGUGAUGAUGAUUCAGCAGAAAAUGAGAGUGCGCCUGAUACUGAAGGAUCGGAUGAGAUUGCAAAGUGGAACAGAAACAACCACAAUUCCAAUUCCAAAGAAAGCAGUGAAAGGAAAAUCAAAGUGAUUGCUUCAGGACGAGAUGAUGACUCAGCGGAGAAUGAGAGUGCACCUGAUACUAAAGAUUCUAAAGAAAGCAGUGAAAGGAAAAUCAAAGUGAUCGCUUCAGGACGAGAUAAUGACUCAGCGGAGAAUGAGAGUGCGCCUGAUCCUAAAGAUUCUGCACAAAGAACGAGUCAUUCGGAGGCUCAAGGUCCUUUUCUUGAAAAACAUGAAGCUGAUUCUGUUGUGAAGAGGUCCAGGAGGUCAAUUCGGGAAUACUAUGAAAGGCACCGUGAAUAUUAUUAUAAGACACCAUACGAGAAGCGCAGGGAGAUAUGCGAGUCCUACUAUCCCUGUGACUACCUGGCUGACAGAAUUGGAUUUCAGAACGCCUACAUACAAUACUUUGGAUACUAUUAAUAAUGACACAGUCAGACAGAAACAUUAUUAACAUCAAAGUACUUUACACCACACAAAAUGUCAGAGACAGUUGAUCAAGCUGCAUAAUUUGCAAUGCUGCUCAAGAAUUUAGGAAGAGCUUCAGUAGUGUAUUUCAAUCUAGUUCUGCUGCUCAUAACAUGGUUCAAAAGGUCCUCAGUACAGCCAACAGACAAAAAGCUUCCCACCAGCUUAAAGAUUAAUCAAACUUUGCCACAGAUCUCAAUAAGAUUCCCCCCGCAGCCCCCCCCAAACACAUAUCUGUUCACCCCCUUUCGACUGUCUUUUAUUACUAACUCAUUCCCUACUCACUUCCACGGAGUUCCCUCCUUACCCAAACUUACUUAGCUCACGUUCCCUGCAAUGAAGCCUUCCACUUGAAUGUACCACCCUGUUUCUCUGAAUUAUCUCCAGAUCCUUGACAUGCCUGAUUUUAUUCCCCAAAUACAAUUGCUCCUUUUCCAUCUUCAUUUUUCCUUCAAUGCUGCUAGUUUUACAAAUAAUUAAGGAAAACUGAAAUAUUCUAUCCAAGGUUCUGAGUCUACCUCACCUCAUUGUUUUUGCUCACAUUGUCUUAAAAAGGGGGAAUAAAACAUCUCAAGAAAACCUUUUCUUCAACAUUCUAUUCUCUGUGGCAGCUAUUCAACAGAGCUUCACCCCAGGGGAUCGGAUUAUCAGUCUAACCUCUCCAGCUGCAAGUUGAAGUCUACAUGAAAAGAUUUGGGUCAGUCCCUACUGUUAUUAACAGGAAUGGACUUCUUACAUGGUCCCUGUCAAAGGGAACAGAGCAGCUUACAUAUAAAUUAAUUUUUCUCUGCGAAUAUGAUUAACAUUAUUCACCAUGAAUAGAAGCAGCGUUCAUAAUAUAGAGCACCUGUGUUGGACCUAACCUGCUUAUGUUUGAUUUCAACAGGAAAUGUAAUGCUUUCUAUAUUCAGCUAAAAUAAACUUCAUAUAAAAAGUAAUUACAUUAUUCUACUUCUUCCAAUAAUCCAUCCCCACACCCUUGUAUCAAAGGCCAACAAGGUUAUCUCCAACCCAUCAACCAGAAACACUGAGAUCUCAGUCAGGAGGAGGUCAAAUGGGAAAUUGAGGGAUUAUUCCGUAACAAUCAGAUCGAAUCGAUUAAAACAAAAAGAUUUAAAGUGAAAGAAGUUCUUUAAAGAGGAAUAUGCUUGAGUCACUGUGAAUAUAUUCUGUGUGGUGUAAACGUACACGCUGGAGAGUGAGCUGUUAUAUCCAGUCAAUGCCUUCAUCGGGAGAAGAGCAAGUUCUAAUUGAGCAGGUACUCAAUUAUUGCACCAAACAUUUAUAUUUCUGUCAAACCUCUUUGGCUGCUGCAUUAAAGGAAAUAAACAGAUUAACCACUGUUAAAUUUGCAGCCAAGAGGAGAUUCACAUUACAAUUACUUUGUGCAAUAAUAUACCAACACAAGUCUUUAUGCAAUAAUGUCACACAGGCGGAGAUCCAACUAGCCCACACGCCGUGCAGCCUCGGUGACUGAGUUGACUGGGUUCCAUCACACUGUCCCACAUCUCUCAUAACUCAACACUAAUGUUUACUUUUGUCUAAGGCACAGAUGUAUUAUAAUUUAAACACUAAAGGCACUUAGUCCCUUCAUUGCUCCAAACCGCAAUAUUGACUGUACAGUUGUAUCAUAGCUGAAUUUUAGGCUUUCUUUUGUAAAUUAAUAUUUGCUGUUGUUGCAAAUUGUCUCCAUGUUGUGGAAAUGAACACUCAUGUCAGACAAGGAGAAUCAGAAUGUUGUUUCAGAACUAACCCUGCCACUGGCUUUGAAAAUCACUUUUGUUCCAAUUUUAAAGUUUUGCAGAAAUUUAAUGGAAUGAAGUUUUGAAUUUUUUUCUCUCAGAAGCUAUGAUCCAAGGCUGCAAAAGAUGGUCAUCUUCAAUCUUCUACCUUCCAAAAAGAAACUAAACAUAUUCCAGUCAGGAGGGUUAUUGUUGUUGGUAUCAAUCCUCAUUUCCAUCACACGUUAAAACAGUUCAGAGGAUAAAAUGCUUGGGAAAAGGUUUACAAAUGAAACUUUUUUCCUGUUUGAAAAUGGUCCAACAAUGUUUGGAGGAGUAAGACAUUCUCAAUGAAGUGAGUAAGUGUUUUGGAGCAGGGUUGGAGGUGGGGGAGGAGUGGAUCAGACAAGGGGAGGCAAGUGUCUUUAGUUAAAUUAAUUUCACAUGACAGUAACAAUCAAUCACUGCUUUGUUGUACCUGAAGAUACUGUGCUUAAAUAAUUGCAAUUUAUUUUCUUAUUUUGUUAAGCAAAAGGCUGUAGUUUCUGAUGUCUGUAUAUGAUAACAAUAAAAAUAAACAAAAGUAAUUCACUUUUA